AUAGUUUCUCGGUUUCUCACAUUCCUAAACGUUGUGAGGUGGGCGGUAUCCGGAAGUGAUAAUGUACGUGUUGGAUUCUACGGCGUUUGUUGUUGAGUUGAGGAGGAGUUUGUGACGUUUGUGGUGAUGAAGCGGCUGACGAGAAAGUUACGAAGGGAUAACACUCGUUCUUUGUCUCCCACGCGAGUCCACUUCUCAGUGGAAAAGAGUACGGAACAUGGGUUUCCUCAUCGACCGUCGGCCAUGGCGUUUGACGAUUCUUUGAGUAUGCUGUUCAUCGGGACUCGUUCGGGUCAUCUCAGAGCCUAUGGACGUCCCGGCGUUGUUUAUUGUGGUGAACAUCAAGAUGAGAUGUGUGUAUUUCAAAUCAUGUGUCAUGGAAUGAACAAUCAAGUUGUGACACAGUGCCUAGACAACUACUUGUAUUUAUGGCAACUGAGAGAUGAAAAUGAUGAGCCAAAGAUUCACAUGAUUAAGAAUUACAGACUAGUUUCUGCAAGUUCAUUUGGAGGUGCUAAGGCAAUCUCAGUUUGUUGUCUACCAAAGAAAAGUCCUCAUCUGUAUAUUGGAACUGAAUCUGGUAACCUCUACAUUUUGCAAAUUGAAGGCUUUUUUCUGAAGGACAAUGUUGUUUAUUGGAACCAUGCUACUGCUGGGUUGCAGUCUCACACUAAGCUGCAUCCUGGCUCUAUUGUAGCUUUAGAAGUUCAUCCUCAUGAUAGGAACAAGCUACUGAUUGGUUUUGAGAAGGGUUCUCUUGUUUUGUGGAACUUUGACAAAAACCAGCCAGAGAGAACGUUUCCUCCUGUACAGUAUCUACAGUCUUUAUGCUGGCAUCCAGAUGGCAGACAGUUCAUCACAUCUCACUCAGAUGGUAGCUUUGCUGUUUGGACUGCUAAUAGUCGUAACCCCUUUCCAGAGAAAUCGACACCGUAUGACCCAGAUCAGUGUAAGAGGAUGGACAAAGUCAUAUGGAGAGGCUCAGACAGUAGUCCACUGGUAGUCUUUUCUGGUGGUAUGCCACGAGCUGCAUAUGGAGACAGGAAUACUGUGACUGUGAUGCAGGGAGCCAGUCAUGUGGCUCUUGAUUUUUCAUCUAGAGUGAUUGACUUUGUUUGUACAUAUGAUGACGAUGAAGCUGUUUCAUUAAUUGUUUUACUGGAAGAAGAGAUAACAGCUUUUGAUUUAACUCACGGGAAGGUUCGGGAGAUUCCAAGACCUUACCUUUGCAGUUUACAUGAAUCACCACUCACUGCGAUAUAUCACUGUGCUGAUGUUCCCGAAGAUUUCUGGGAGAGUCUAGAACAUUUUGCAAUUCAAAGAUUGUCUGCAGGAACAAGAAUGUGGCCAGUGACAGGAGGAACAGCUGUUCCCAGUCAGACUGAACCAUCAAAGGACCUUAUCAUUACAGGUCAUGAAGAUGGCAGUAUUCGUUUCUGGGAUGUUUCAUCUUGUUUUCUUGGACCUCUUUACCGACUGUCAUUGAGUGCUCUUUUCUCUAACAUGGAUAGUGUCUAUACAGAUGAGCUUGAAGAAAAGCCAGAAAUUGAAUGGCCGCCAUUUCUUAAAGCUGGGAGCUUUGAUCAGUUUGCUGCAGACCAAACACUAGCUGUUGUUGAUAUCAAUUUUUGUCCACAAUCACGAAUUCUGACUGUAGGAGGUUAUGGUGGGUAUGUUGUCGUGGCAACAUUCAACAGGAGUAUUCGGCAGCAUGAGAUGACUGUUAUUGAUGUGAAUUUCUCACCUGGUAAUCAACUUAUUCGGAAAACUAUGAAUUCUCUGAGCUGUAGGACUGGAGUAUUAACUAUGAAGCCUGGCUUUCAGCCUGAGCAGUGUAUCUUAUGCCGGCCAACAAUGCCAGUGACAAAAGUUGAAGUCUCUUCAGACUGGGGACUGCUUAGUGUUGGUACCAGUCGUGGAGUGGCUCUUAUUGAUUGCUACCAGAAACAAUGCAUUCUAGUCAAGUGUACUGUUACAGAAGAUGCUCCCGAACGUUCUCUUUGGCGUUUUCAGUCUCUGCGUAAGUCUAUGAGAAAUUCCUUUCGCCGCUUGCGAAGUCAGGUUCGACGAGGCCAUGGACGAGGCCAAGGAGAUGGUGACAAGCGUGCUACUGAGUCACAGGGAACUUUGCCAAAUGGACAAAGGCAACGACAGCGGAGAGUACCAAUGGCUACUGUUAGAAAUGUGGAACAGGAGGAGAGAGACAAGAACAAGGGAAACGGGGUCAGAAGUCUUCAUUUUGCCGACACAUUUGCAUAUGGUCCCUCUAGCUUUCCAUCACUGUGGGCUGGUACUACAUCUGGAAACCUACUGUCGUUUCAUAUUCAUUUUCCUAGUAUGCAGCAGAGGAAAUCUGAAUUGCUGUGGGCAGAACAGACAGCCAAAGAAUACCACCUACAGCAUGGAGGUGCAAUACUUCAAGUGGUUGCAUUGGAUCACCAGGGCAGGCCAAUGUCCUUUCAUAUGACUACUGGUCCUGAUAUGACUGCGCCUCAUUUCUUUCUUAUUGUCACUAAUGAGCAGCUAAAGGUCAUCUCUUUACCAUCGUACAAGUCUAAAUAUAAACACAAGGUGACAGAUAUUAAUGGUGCAUUAUACCAACACAGUCAGGUUGUGAUGACAAAAUCAGGUGACUGCUACUUGGCUUGUCUUACUCAGAAAGGAGAGCUGUUGGCCUACUCUAUCCCUGAACUUCAACUUCUGCAUCGAUGUCCUCUUUUAGAAGUAGAUGAUGGCAGAGGUAUUCACAAAUUUGUCUUCACUGAGAAUGGUCAAGCAUUUUACAUGUCGUCUCCCAGUCAAUUGCAGCGUAUAACACUGCAUUCUGACACAGUGGUUAGACCUUUGUGUACACUGAACCCUUCUCGGCAGCAAUCGCUGGUGACAUUAUCUCUACCAGUAGACAUUCAUUCCACACAGCAAGAUCGAUCAAAGGUAUCUGAUCAAGACAUAACUGAUUUUUAUGCUGCUCAAGUAAGGUAUUCAGAGAAAGAGUCUGCGUUUGUAGAUGACAUGAUUGCUGGCAAGACUCCAUCAAGUCAAAGUGAUGUUAGUCUUGAUGAUGAUGUACAGGAAGUCAGCAUUGAUGUUGCUAUCAAAGCACAAUCGAGAUGGAGUCACAAGUCUCCUAACUCAUCAGUGUCAGAAGGACGGACUAAUAGAAAUGGACAAAGUCAACCAGCAAAGUCUUCAAGGCCUUUGUCUGCAAAUGGUACCAUUCAGUAUGCAGAGCCUCCAGAAGGAUAUCAUAAGCCUCUGACAAAAGCUGUCUCACAACCACCUCAGCGAACGGUUUCUACUGCUGGACAGAAGAAGAGUUCCUUUGAUCAUCGAGAGGAACUUCGUGAACGUGGAGAGAAAUUGCAAGUUGUUGCAAGAACAGCUAAGCAAACUGCAGAACAUGCUCAGUCUUGGUCAGACAACACAGCAGCGCUGGUCGCUCAACAAGAGAGGAAGCCGUGGUGGAAAAUUUAGUAGGCUAGUGAUUCUUAUUUUAAAUAAAAUUUUUGAGGUAGAAAUAUAUAGUGUAUACAUAUAUAUUAUAUGUAACUACUUUUCCGUGCGUACAACAUACUUGAGCUAUCAGACGUCAUAGUUUAGUUUGUGAAAUAGAUGUGCCGGUCUUUGAGGAAGUUAGCUCAACUAGAGCCACGCGUAAUGCUCUAUCAGAGCGAUUUUGUAUUUGUGUUCUGAUUUUCGUACGUCUUCAGAUUAAAUUGAGAUUGAGUACAUGUA